UUUUUAUUAUCAUUCCUCCCUCGGAGUUUCUUUACAGGCGAUCGUGACAAUGGACAGAGUUUUUGUUUCCGUUCGAUUUGAUCCCAUGUUAGCGUCAACAACACUUGUGACAACCGAUAGCUACACGAGAGGGUGAUAUUGAGGGUGGUAUUGACUGAAAUCGACGGGACAACGGGGAGUGACGUGUUACCUUUUACCUAAUUAUCCCUACUUAAAGUGUCGCUAUGCGCAUGAUGUCCUGUGACAUAGACAUGGCUGUUUGUGUCUGCCUGGCAACCACUGAAUAACGGGAACAUAAUGGGUCUCUCCACCCUGGGAGUAUCUGGGCUGGGAUAACGUGUACUGUUUCGAGACAUGAUAAAAACAAGCGUCAACUUCUGAAAAGUGCGUUACAGUUUUUUUGCGAUGUGUCAUUCGACUCAUUGAUUUGGUCUUGGAUCUCAUUGUUGGUUUCAAGGAAAGGGAAACUGAUAAAAGAAUGGCCUGAAAUGUUAUGAUUCUGUCUCUUAAAACAACAAAAUCACUGCCUCAAGCAAAUAUAUGUCCGGGUUUCACUCCCGGAAAAUCCUGAGACUCUUAAUCAAUACCGCUGCCCGUCCAGCCCUCGUCAUGCACCUGUCCACUGUUCAGUUCUUCUAUUCGAAAAGGCCAAACAGUUACUAAUCCCAGCCAUGCCGAGACGAUCGUAUGAAACCAGUAUUUACCCCUUCAGCCGUCGCCUGGAGACGAAGAGACAACGAAAAAGAGCCGAGUUCCUCGAGAGCAUUGGGGUUAGGUUUGAGGGGGACCCUGAGUCAAAUGACCUCCCCCACAUCUAUCUCCCCCGGCUCCACAGACAGAAGACAGAGAAAGAUCAGAAUACGAAACUAGGGGACGCACUUUUGAAGCUAGCUCAGGAUAGCAGCACCAAUGAUCACGUGACAUCUCAUCAGGACCAGAUGUCCACAGUUCAACGAGAAAUUCGAGAAUUCACUGACUGGAUCGUUCCACAUCUCAGGAAAAGCGGAUUCGAAUUAGAUUUUAAACGUCCAAUUGUCAUUGAAAGCAUUCCACCAUGGACGACAGCCGAGAAAGAAAUUCCAUGUCUUUUGCCAUUUUCUUUGAAGAAGGUGAGGCUGAAGCCUCUGGAUCCAGGCUACGUCGUCAUGCAGUUACCCAGACGGGACUCCACUGAUUCUGACGAAUUUUCGAAUCUCCGUUCAGAAGACAGGCUCCACCUGUCACCAAAGAAAACGUAUCACCUGUUUCACAAAAUAUUGAAAAAGGCUUUCCAGAAGGAGUCUAUACCGUUUGAGCGUCUGCGGAUGGUUCUGAAGGAUAGCCGUUACUGUAUAUACUACGAUCUGAAGAACUAUGGUUGGAGAAUAGAAAUCAUUCCUGCAAUACACAUAUACAAAUCCAACGCCGUUCUUGUGUCCAAACCGUUUGACAUUGAUGAAAACGCUUCUUCAGAAAUGCGAUGGAGAAUAUGCUGGGCCCAGAAAGAGGCUGAAAUCAUCCGAUCAAUCUCCUGUACAGACAAAGGUAUCAGGACCAAAGCACUGCAGAUUGUCUGCAAACUGUGCCAGAAGGACUGGCGUCUGAAGAUGCUGACACCAUACCAGAUCCAGACAACGCUAUUGUUCGACAUGGAUUAUCAUGUGGAUCACUCACCACGGUGGCAAAGAAGCAGUCUGGAGGAAUGUGUCCUCUCUCUCCUCAACAGACUCUUACACUAUGCCAAGGCGGGAUACCUGCCUCACUUUAUCAUUGAGGGACUAGACCUGUUCGGUCUGCUGGACCCCAAGACAGUCAUCCUGUACAAGAGCGCCUUGGAGAGACUGACCACGAACGAGAAGGCUCUGAUCAGCCUCAUUGAAAGAACUCGUCCUGAAGAUGACGCUGAGCCCCUGUGGCUUGAACCUAAACCUGACAGUGUUGCCCUGCCCAAUUUACAGAUUCCGACUUACACUGGAAUUGUCUGACAAAUAUUAUAAAAGAUCCGUUGCCUGUAAGGUAUGUGGCAUUCCCAAUGGAACAACCGAACGGGUGACCUCAAAGGGAUACAUUGCAGAAUAAAAUGUUGGCAGUUGGACCACAGACUUGCAGCUUGCUGGUGAAUUGCAAUAGGUAAAUGUGGUCUGAAUGACUGAUCACUGAAUCACCCAUUGUCGGAAGCUUAUCUCAAUGUUCGGAGGUUGAAUUAGAAAUUGAUUUGAAAUAAAAAUCUCUCAUAAAUACCUCUUCACAUCGCAACGGUAUAACGCAUCCGUGGCUCUAAUCCAUGGUGUUAUCCUAGCUCUACGAC